CCGGCGCUUGAAAGCUGUGCUGCGGUGCAAUAUGGAACAUGGGUUCGAGAUGCGCCUCCUGCGCUCCCUGCAGUCGGGCCCUGAGCAAGAGGUUUCAUGAACUCAUUGAUAACUGGCCACGGGGCUAAGACAGGCUGGUGGCAGUAUAAGGGAGACAGAUGUCCAAAGGAGUGCUAGGGGACAUGGACAAAAAACAGGUCAACUUGGACUUUGUACAUAGGACAUGGUGUCCCGCCCUGCCGGGAAGAGCAAGUCAUGCUAGGCUUUUGAGGAGGAUGGAGGGGACCCUGGACCAGGACAGAAACAGGGGAAGCCAGGACAGAUGUAGACUUCCUGGGCUGGGCUUCUGGCAGCUGUGGACAGUGGACUCUGACCCCAGUAUCCAGCCCUCAGCCUCCCCCAGUGCAGCUGCCACCGCCACUGCCACCAUGCUACCCUCUGGGACCGUGCUUCUCUUGGCUCUGCUCCUGGCAACCACCUUGCUGAGUCAGGGGGCUCGGAGGCCAUCACGGCCCCCUUCCCCCAUCAGCACCAUCCAGCCCCAGGCCAGUUUUGAUGCUCAGCAGUUUGCAGGGACAUGGUUCCUCGUGGCUGUAGGCUCUGCUUGCCGCUUCCUGCAGGAGCAAGGCCACCGGGCUGAGGCCACUACACUGCGUGUGGCUCCCCAGGGCACAGCUAUGACUGUUAGCACCUUCAGAAAGCUGGAUGGGAUAUGCUGGCAAGUGCGCCAGCUCUACGCAGACACAGGGGUCCCUGGCCGCUUCCUGCUCCAAGCCAGAGGCGCCCGAGGGGCCACGCACGUGGUCAUCGCUGAGACCGACUACCAGAAUUUCGCCAUUCUGUACCUGGAGCAGGCUGGGCAGUUAUCAGUGAAGCUGUAUGGUGCGUGGUGGCUGCUCUCUGCAUUCCUGCAGGAGCCAUGGUGGCUGCUGGGAGAGCCCAGGACCCCUGUCCCCCUCACAGCCCGCUCCCUCCCUGUGAGUAAUUCAGCCUUGAGUGGGUUUGAGCGGCGAGUCCAAGAGGCCCAUCUGACUGAGGACCAGGUCUUCUUCUUUCCCAAGUAUGGCUUCUGCGAGGCUGCAGACCAGUUCCAUGUCCUGGAUGGUGAGUGGGCAGUAGGCCCGGGUUGGGGCGCCGCAGUGAGGGCUGCGUUCUGAGUCCCUCUCCGCUGUAGAAGCGAGACGCUGAAGCCAGGCACACAGGAGAAGACCCUGCUGGAGAGGGACCCCACUGGAGGGGUGCCUGCUGCCCCUCCUCAUGGAUCCCUGGGCACCACCAACGAGUCCAGGCCUUGGGUCAGGGCCUGUCCCCAAGCUCAGUGGCUGUGGGGGGCAUGCCUUCUCAUUAAAUGUCUCAGACUGGG